UUGCGAUUCGCAGCUUUGGUCUGCUUCGAUCCCACCCACCGCCCUCGCUCCCAGCCGCAUUCCCACUCGAUCCCGACCUCGGUCUUAGUCUCGAGACCUCGACCUCACCCCUGCUUUCCCGCCUACCACCGCCUCCAAGCUGCCGCCAAACUCUCUCUCCGUCUCUCCCCCUUCCACCCCGACUGGCCCACCGACCCCUCGCUCCAACCAGUCCCCGCUCUCGCCCCUCUUUAGCAACCUCCCGAGGGAUAUGAACUACCUCCUGCAGCAAACCCAACGAGCCUUCUCCGACACCACCACCGGCAUUGCCAUGCGGGUCAGAGGCUCUCCCUCCGGCCCUGUCCAGCCCAUCCGUGUGCUGACUUCCCGUGGCAAGUUCCUGGUGCCGGCUCCCAAGAACGAAACCAUCCGCGACCUCCUCGACACUGUCAGCGAGCUCAUUGCCGAGUCAGAUCGCGAUGCCAUCCAGGCCAGGAUUCGCACGUCUUUCCAGGGACAUCCUCAGGAUCUGGUCGAUGGCCAGUUUGAUCCGGCCAAUCCUGCCGCCGCCGCCGCUGCUGCUGCCGCUGCUGCUGCUGCAACCGAGGCUGCCCAUGGCGGCCACUCGUCCUGGGACCUUCCGCCCGAUGCCAGCGUCCAGGGCACCUUCGAGGAAGAUUCCGAGACUCUUGGAUUCCCUCCCAAUCUUGUCAUGGCCAUGACCCUCGACGGCUUUGUCCUGGGCAACCGCUUCCCCGUCGGCGACAUCUUCUCGGUUCAGUCCAACAACCCCAGCGGCCUGCCCGAGAUCAUUGCCCUCACCAUCGAAGAGGCCGGCAACAUCCCUCGCGGCGUCGAUCCCUUUGCCAUCCUCAACGCCCACGACACCACCAGCGCCUUCCGUAUCGCCCCAAAGCCCAAGGUGCUUUCCGUCUCGGUCGGUCGCAACGCUGCCGCCAGCGACAUCCAGGGCGAGCCUCGAUCGGCCUUUGCUGGUCGCUUGAACAGCGCCACCGUGGCCUCUGCCAAGAAUCGCGAGUCCGUCAUGAUUCCAACACAGAAGCGCCCCUCAGUGUUCAUCUCGUACUGCCCUGCCAACUCGCAGCGUGCCGGCGAUACCGCCACUGCCCCCAGCUCCUGCGACCCCCGCGUCGUCAGCGACCUUCUCAAGGGCCUCGGAUACAAUACAUGGAUCGACAUUGAGCAGUUGGAAGUCUGGGAUCCCACGAUGGAGCGAGUCAUCAAGGGCAUCUCGUCAGCCUCUGUCUUUGUCGUGUUCUUGUCGCCCGAGUAUGCUGCCUCCGAGUCCUGUCUGCGCGAGCUUCAUCUGGGUGUCAACUACAAGCGACUGCCUAUUGUGCCCAUCGUUAUUUCCGAAGGCUUUGAUUACACCGAAUCUACGGUGGCCUACUUCCUCGGCCCAACUCCCGCGAUCGACUACUCCAAGGAUUUCAAGACCAGCGACAUUGACGAGCUGUCCGAGAUUCUGGGCCGUCUGACAAACAGCGAGCUGCGCGACAACCUCGUGCCGCCCGAAGACUACACCUUCUACGACAGCAUUGUCCCCGGCCUUUCUGUCGAAUGCGCCAUCCGCACCACCGCCAUUGACCCCGAGGAAGAGUCAACCGUCGUGUGGAUCUACGCCACCGUCGAAGAGGUCAAUCCCGAUCUCGAGGCCGAGAGCCCCUACCGCGUCAUCUUCCACACGGGCGAACACGACGACUUGCAGAGCGAAGACGUGGAGGAGGAAGAGCACGAGACCCUGGUUUCGCGAUGGGUCUCGAAGCAGAGCCUGCGGCCACUCCAGUCCCCGUCGCCCUUCCUCCAGCUCCGCGGUCUCAAGGAGGGCAUCUUGGUCGAAGCGCGCAAGCUUACUGGCGCCGACAACGACUCGGGCUAUGUCUGGUGGCCGGCUCGCCUCGAAAGCAUCGACAACGGCUGGGUCAAGGUCAAGUUCCGGGCGCCUCUGGACGACGUCUACCGCCUCGAUGCCCGCCAAGUCCGCGUCUCGAUGGACUAUCCCUCCGAGCGACUCUUUUUGUUGGCUCCGGGCAACGUCAACAUGCCCACGGACACCAGCGACGAGGGCAUCGCCAACAUGCUCGGUUUGGCCAUUCCCGAGCUCGUCCUCAAGACCGAAAAGAUCUACGUCAGCUACAUGCUCUCGGACUCUGCGCGUCUGACGGCCUCCUCGGGCGGCACUGGUCUCGCGGACCCGCUCGUCAUCAUCGAGGCCAUCGAAGGCACCGGCUUCCGUGUCCAGCAUGUCCCUCGAAGCCCCAGCACUCCGUGGGAAGAUAUUGCCAAGGACCUGCUUGCCGCCAACUUUGCCAUCAUCGGCAUCUCGGGGGACUAUGCUGGGUCCGACAACUGCCUGCGCGAGUUCCAGUUUGCCUACAAGCUCCGGCUGCCGAUUGUGCCCGUCUUCCUGGGCUCGGGCACGGGCAUGAGCCGCGCCCUGCUCCGCUGGAAGGAGGUUGCACCUUUGGUCGACUUUUCCGACAUCCUCGUGGUCGAUACCACCGAGGAGGACACCGACCUUGCCGAAAAGGCCACCACCCUCAUCACCACCAUCGCCGACACCCUCAGCCCGAUCUCGGAGAGCGCCGUCAACGUCAUCAAGGCCAAGACGGCGUCGUUGGACACGAUCGCCGUCGGCGACUGGGUCGAACGCCUCGUGCGCGAGAAAGAGCCCGGCCUCUGGGGCCGACCGCUCCGCGGGGGCUUGUAUUGGGAGCAUGUUGAGCUCGUCGAGGUGAUGGCCGACACCAAGUGGCAUCGCGAUCCCACGGACCCUUGCUACCGGGUGCGCUGCCCCGCCUCGGGCCGCGAAGACUGGGUCUCGAUCGAGGUGCUGCGUCCCUGCCAGGACCCAUCGGCGGACCUGUCGGAGGACCUGUCGGCGCUGCAAGUCGACGAUCCAGUCGAGAUCCGCCUCCCCGUGUGGGACGUCGACGCCGCCGCCGGAAGCGAGGCCACGUCGCAUCUGAACGAUGACUAUAUCUGGCGGCCCGGCACCUUUGCCGGCGUUGUCGACGGACGGAUCACGGUCAAGACUCGCGACGGCGCCCGCGCACGCAACCAUGUCGUUGACGAGCGCCAGAUCCGCCUGGGCCACGACCCCAUCAUGUCGCAGUUCGAGAAUAUGGGCUACACCUACGUCUUUGGCGGGCCCAACGAAGUUGUCGAGAAGACCAAGCGAAGCUGGGCGAUCCGAGUCGAGGACUACCUGCUCUUUGGCAAGGAUGCCCUUCUGGGCCAUUGAGUGGCCACGUAUCGCAAGAGGGACAAGCCGGGUGGCCAAGCUCGAUGGCCAAGCCUGCGGCGGACCUAUUUGCUUUUUUUGGGGGGGGAAAGGGGAGGGACAGACUUGGCGGCGCUCCGAUGGAACCAAUCGAGCAUGCAGU